AUGCAAUCUGGAAAGGAGAAGAUCAGCAACAUGGCUAGUGCUGCCAAGGAGCACGUAGAAGUUUAUAAAGCCAAAGUCGAAGAGAAGUUGGAGAAAGCAGCAGCGAGGACAGAGGAAGAGAAAAAGAUAGCAGAAGAGCGGAAAAAGGCCAAGGAAGCCGAAGCCAAGAAGGAGUUGCAUGAGGCCAAGGCCAGGCAUGCAGCUGAGAAGUUAAGCCACAAGCAAGCACAUCUUCGUCACCAUGGCCAUGCCGCUGGCCACCCCACUGACCAUCCUCUUUACGGCGAAACCGCUGCCGCCACUGCCACCGCUGCCGCGCCAGUCUCCGGGCAGAAUGAGCCCGUGGUUGGGACACAUGGCCACCACCACGGGGCCACUGCGCCAACUUACCCCUUGGGCACGCAACUUCAAAGGAACAAGCGCUUGUAG